CAGAGGCCUAUGAGGAGAUUCCUCAUGUUGAGAUUUUGGUGAAAGUAGCUAAAGAAAGCGCUGAAGAAAACGCAUUCAUCACAGACGGAGGAGGGUUUCUUACACUCAUGAUCAGCAUGUGAUUAUUCCACUCCUACAUUCUGUCUGGGGUUACAAUUGAGCAUUCAGUAGAAUGCAAGCCAAUUCACAACAUUCUGGACAAUUGCAAAAUUUGCAUGGAAAAGGAGCUACAUCUGGAGAUGGGACAGGCCAAAACUUUUACCAGCUAUGGUUACCACCUCACACUGUAAGUCCCUCAUAUCCUGGACAAAGUGACACUGGAAGUUACUUCACCUGCACAAUCCAACCGGCAACCAGUGACCAGAUUUUGACUAGUAGCGUUCAAGCUACCAAUGACAAAAAGCUUGCUCAACAAAAUAUGCUUAAUUCAAAACAUGCAUUGCCAACAGGAAAACAGGACUCCCAAAUGAUUCUGUGGAACAUGCCCUCUAAUUGCCAGAUAAUCCUACCUGUUAGCAACAUAAAUUUACAAGGUGCUCCCAACAUGCACCAGCAAACUACCUCCUCAGCAGUUGGCCCACAUAAUUCACAACAGUUUAAAGCAGUGAACACUACAAGUCUAAACGAAGCUACAAAAAAUGUGAACACUAGCAACUUGUAUAGCAGGCAGCAACAUGCGAAUGCGCCUACUAAUUUGCCAAAAGACUCCUCGGAAACAAGGCAGAGCUUGCCAUCUGAUCUUAAAUAUUGUCCCUUAACAGAAAACACAUGUUAUGGUCAAAGUAGUUUGUUUGGUGGGUACCCUUACCAGUUGUUGAUUGCUGAGAUGUCAAAUGCUAACGCAAAAACGUUUUCUACAUGUGUGCAGAACCUGCAACCGAAUAAUGCUACUCAGAGAGCUGUUGCUGUUGUCACGCCAUUGUCUCCUAUAGGAACAGCACCUGUUAAUGUUUCUGACAAAUCUGCUAAUAUGAAAAUGAAUGUAAUGCCUGUACAAGCGACUGUACACCAUCAUCCAAAUAUUCCACAUCAUCUGGUGGCCAACGCUAAUCUGAAAAACCAAACUAGAGAACCAAACAAUCCAAGAAGCCAGCAUCAAAGACCUAAGUCGGCCGAGCCAAGGCUGAAUGAUGGACUUUGCAAUGUAGUUGGAGCCAAAAGUCCAGUUUUGGCUGAUGAAUCAACUGGCCAAAGUUGCUGCGCAAAAUUGCUGAAGCUGAAAAAUGUGGUUGCAGAACAAAAGGAGUCUGUUCAAACUCUAAUGCAAAGUGAACUAGCUGAAAAGACAAAUAAAAACUGCACCAUCACAGACAAGAAAAGUGUUGAACCGGACACUGUUCAUUUUAUUGAAUGGCCAUUAGAUCGAUUGCAGGCCUUAAUUGCAGUGAUUCAGCAAAUGGAAAAUGGGGAUCAGAUGAAAAUCCACAAAACUGAUCCUUGGAAGGACAUCUUAAAGAUUUACUGGAACGAGGAUUAUUUCAAGUUUAAUGAAGCUGUGCAAAGUGGCAUAUAUCAAAGCAUAAUGAAAGAAGUUUCUGUUUACUCUUCAAUGAAAGAUCCUGUGAUACUGAGGCAAAUUGUAAAUGAUGCACGUAGCAAAGUCAACGAGGAUUUUCAUGUUUUAAAACACAACGAAGAGCCACCGAAGAUGAUGUACAAGUCGUCUUGGUUGAAUCUUAAUGAAAACGUUGAUGACAUCGACAAGGAAUGUGGUUACUCUUGGUCUUUUCAAAAUGUCUCUGUUCACGAAGCUCAAAACUUGGAAUGUGAAACACCAAGCAAAUUGCAAGAAGCCACUGAAAAGCCAAUAUUGAUUAGGUGCAAACAAGUACCUUCAGAGGUGGAGAACAAAGUAUCAGCAGACAAACCAUCAUCAAACAAUGAGAGUCUACAUGAAAACAUGCCCAUUUCGUUUAAUGGGCAAUCUCUAUCUGUGCCUGACAUCAGCAGCUCACCAAAGCAUAACUGUCAGUUUACAGAAUUGACCAACAGUCAACCAAUUAUUACAAAUUCUCUGGAGGCAAUGAUUACUCUUGUGAAGGAUUUGGAUAAACAAAGUGUAUCGACUGGAAUGUCCAGAUUGGAUGACCAAUUUAAUAAUGAUGUUGGAGCCAAAAGUGCUGUGUCGCCCAAAUCAACUGGCCAAAGUAACCGUACAAACUCGCCAAAGCCCAUACAUGUGGUUACGGAAGAAGAGGUGAUGGCAUUAUCUUCUCAAAUGCAAGUUCCAUUCAGUGAAAAAAUUCAUAACAAUGGUUGUGCUGAGACCUUGUCAAAACAGAGUCAAGAACUUGGUGUGCACAUGAAUGAAGAGGAGACCGAAAAUAAGUAUGCUUCAGCCACAAAGUUGAUAGAACAAAAAGUCAUUGCUGCAUUACUAGAAAAGCACAGGGAGUCUUUGUUAAACACACCCCAAGGACUUGACACAAUAUCAACAGAAGAACAAGCAAGCAGGGAGAGGCUAAAGGAGAAAAACAAAUAUCCAGCAUCUACAUUUCUAAGGACAUUGCUAUCAGCUCCUUAUAAGCCAUCUUUAACCGAACGUAGUCAGGGUGCAACGGAAAUAACGGACAAAGUAAAUGAAGAAGAACACAUGUCCUCAGAGAAAAGUAGGUAUGAUAAGAGUUGUGAAAAAUCUCCUGUUCCCUCGAAUGCUCCCUCUCCACCAUUGAUUGAUAAUUUCUCUCCGAAACUUAAUGAACAAGAACGCAGUUGUCAACCAAAUACUGUUAUUCCGCUGAAGGGCAUGACCGAUCUGGUGACGAAAUUGAAAAAGUGGGAUCUUUCAUUAAAGUAUCAAAACUUCAUUGAAAAACGUGGUGGUUUAAAAAGAAAGCAGAAACCGUUAUCUAGAACAUCAAAACUGGACAAGAGUUUUUGUAAUCGUGUUGGAGCCAAAAGUCCCAUGAUGACUGAUGAAUCUUCCAGCCAGAGUGACUGCUCAAAUCCACUGACACCUAGUCCUGUAACGUUUGAGCCAUUAACUCAAACGCAAUAUGAAUCCAGUGAAAUUAUGCCUAACAGUGACUUUGAUAAGGCAGUGAGAUAUGAGACUGAUCCAAAACCUUGUCAAGAACUUUCUGUACAAACAAAUGAAGAGAAUACUGUUGAGAUGGACGCUUCAUCUUCUGUUAAGAUUGUUGUUCUCACUCAUGAAGUUGCUAAACAGUACUUUGCUGAAAAUAAAGACAUUGCUUCAAAACCAAAUGGAUUAACCAGCGAUAUUGACUAUGCCAGUCCGCCAAAACUUUAUCCUGUUCUCGCAGGACCAUCUCAAAUACAAAUAAAGUCCAGUGAAGAAAUGCCUGAAAUUGACUGCAUGCUCACAGAUGAGAGUGUGAGAUACGAGACUGAUACAAAACCCAGUCAAGAACCUCCUGUGCAAAUGAAUGGAGAAGAUAUUGUCAAGUUGGACACUUCAGCUUGUAUGAAGAUUAAUGUUCUCCCUCAUGAAGUGGCUAAGCAAUGCUUUGCUGGUCAAAUAAUGGAAAAUAAAGACAUUGCUGCACCACCAGCGACAAUACACAAGACCUGCUUGUUGAAUUCACCACAAGACAUAGUAUCAACAAAAGAACAGAUAAACAUGGGAAGGUUGAAAGAAACUUAUGGAGCUGGUAGUCCAGGGUUGACUGAUGGAUCAACAAGCAAAAGUAUCUCUGAAACUCCACCGAAACUUUAUCCUGUGAUCACAGAACAAUCUCAAAUACCAAUAAAGUCCAGUGAAGAAAUGCCUGAAAUUGACUGCAUGCUCACAGAUGAGAGUGUGAGAUACGAGACUCUUCCAAAACCUAGUCAAGAACGUCAUGUGGACAUGAAUGAAGAGGAGACUGAGAAGAUUGACCAUUUAAACUCUACUAAGAUCAGUGUUCUCCCACAUGAAAUGGCUGAGCUAUGGUUUGGCAGUGAGAUGGAAGAUGAAGACUUGCGGAAAGAUAUUGCAGUUCACAUUUCCACUGAAGAGAAGGUGAAAGUUCAAGUCCUGGAACUCAAAUCUGAAAAAGGACUGCUCCUAAAAGAUGUGAAGCCAAAAGAGUGGAAAUCUCAAAGUUCUGGUGGUGAAAACUUGGAGUCUUACUGUUGUGUUGCUAAAUGGUUUCAAACUUUAGACUCUGGAAAUGGCUCAGUGUGCAUGUGCCAGAUAAAAGCUGAAUUGAGAGAAAAGGAGAUUAAAACCCAUAGCACAAGUUUAGAGGUGCAGACUAAAAAAGACAGUCCACGUGAAUGUGAACGAGUGGAAAUGGAUAACGCUGCUCUUGAAAGAACAGAUGAUUCUGAAAUCACAGAUGAUUCUGAAGCCACAGAUGAUUCUGAGGACGAAUACCCAUUGCUGCACAAUCCUUCUAUGGACAAAGCAAAGAUUGCAAAGGACAUUUCAAGUUCCGAAGAAGUGUGUAAGGUAGAGACUGAAACUUCAGAGCAGAAAAGAAAUGAAUCACCCACAGAAUGUGCAGCAAACCUGAAUCUUAUGAAUGAGAUUGAGCAAGACAUCCCAGCUCCAAAUUUGAAGAGCAAAACUAAUACAGUAUAUCUUGCACUGUAUGGGUCGUCUUCUGAAAAAAGAAACAAACUAAAGCGAACUAAAAGAUCCAAAGAAAAGAGAAGUUGUGAAGAACCCCCCAAAACUAUUCAAGUAACCAUAAGCUCUCACCAGGGGGUUAAAGAGAUGGAUGAAUCAAAAAAGGGCAAAUGUGUGGAAACACAAGAUGAAGAUGCCAUGGAUGGUCGAGAAAGAAUACGAAGGGCAGUCUUGCAAAAAAUGGUUCAGCAUAAAAUCUUCCCCUUGCGUCCCACUUUUGCACUCUGCAAAAAUGGACUUUCAGACAGUGAACUUCUCAGUCCAAGUGCUGUUGUGAAAAGUGACGCCCAUUUGGCUGAAGGAAAUACACGAAAGAGAAUAUGUAAUAAUGCAACACAACAAAUGUCUAUAAAUAAAUAUAUCAUCAGAGGGAAAACUGUGCCAUCCAAAUUAUUUAAUUCACCCGAGAAUGGGACGAAAAGUAAAUAUGAGUUGGGGAACCCUGUUUUGAUGCCAUUGGAUGAGGGUCCUGCUUUGGAAUUCAGAGUAUUGCCAGAAUCUUUUAACUUUGAAGAUGGAGCUGAACUUAGUUGUGCUCAAGGAGACACGUCGCAGAGUACGCAAAAUGGGAUGUCAGGCCCAGAAGAAAAAGCUAAAAGGAUGAAAACUAGUCAUGUGCCAACCCAAGGUGUUUGGAGUUUAAGUCCCUUGAAGAAAAAGCAAACUCAAUCCAUCCAGUCCACCAAUGACUCUGGUUCAUGUAGCCUCUUCCAAGAAUUCAAGAAGAAAUAUCAAAAAAGAAGAACAUCGCCAUCAAGCAGAACUUGAAUUCCAGUGAAAUUUUUAUUAACAUUAAAGCGAAUGGGUCAUAUGUUUACUUCCUGUGAAUGAUAAAACUCAACAGAUGCAUAUCCAAGUGUACAAAUACAUUGUUUACUGUUUAAUUAUACUUGAUUAUUUGCAUUAUAGUAUAAAUGCAUCGUUUGCACAUUGGUCAUCCAAUUCAACAGCUGCUAUUAACCAAGUCAUCCAGUAUUUUGUGUACAAGUUUUAUAUUUUACAUUUUCAAGAAACGUGUUUGUCAUUAUUUUGUCAUUAUGUAUAUUGUGGUAAAAUCAUUUGGAUUCGACUGGUUUGUAAAAAAAUCUAUUUUUGUUUUUAUAAGACCUUUUUAAUAAAAACAUUUGGUUACAAAUGCA